AAAUACCCGUAAAAUACUCCGUAAUUACGUCAUAAAAUAAAUAAAUAAAGAUAAAAGAAAAUAAAGGGGUUUUUGAGUUUUUGAAUUGAAGUUCAAAUUUUACUGUCAUUAAAAUGAGCACUGGCGAUUUCCUCAACCUUCAUCCUUCUGAACUCAAAUUCCAAUUUGAGUUGAAGAAGCAAAGCUCAUGUUCCAUGCAAUUGACCAACAAGACUGAUCAAUAUAUCGCAUUCAAGCUUAAAACGACUAACCCCAAGAGAUAUAGUGUUCGUCCAAACGCCGGAAUUGUGUUACCAAGGUCCGUUUGCAAUGUCACAGUUACAAUGCAAGCACCAAAAGAGGCACCGCCUAAUAUGCAGAGCAAAGACAAGUUUCUCUUGCAGGCCGUUGUUGCACCAGACGGGGCAACUAAUAAGGAUAUAACUGUGGAAAUGUUCAACAAGGAGGACAAAAAGGUGGUCGAGGAGUUCAAAUUGAGGGUCGUCUACAUUCCUGCCAAUCCUCCCUCACCUGUCCCUGAAGAAUCUGAAGAAGGUUCUUCUCCGAGGGCUGAAGAUGGAAGUCACAAUUCUUCAUGGCCUGAAGUUGCAACAAGAUCGGUGGAGCCCAAUGAAAAACUAUCUGCAGAGUCGAGGUCUCUGAUAUUGAAGUUAACUGAUGAGAAAGUAGCAGCUCUGAAACAAACUCAGAAGCUCGAACAGGAACUGGAAUUAUUGAGAAAAGAAGCAAUGAAAGGUCGUUCGGGUGGUUACUCGAUAUUAUUCCUGGUGCUGAUUGGUAUCAUAGGUUUUGUGGUUGGGUAUCUCAUCAAGCAGACGUAGAAGACCUAGCAGUUACCAAAUUGUGGAUUUGUCAUUCAUUUUAGAUGGAAAUUCUCAUGACAUUUCUUUAAAGACGAUUGAAUCCUUGUUUUAAUUUAGUCUUCUUGCAAGUAUGAAAACCAGUUGAGUACAGAAUAGUUUUAUAAGUUUGAACUAGAUUUCUGUAAGUUAUCAUAAUAUUAUUUUUUCGGGUGAAACGGUUUAUAUCUGAA